AUGUUGGUGGAGCUGGAGAAGGCCCUGCAGCUCCUGGGCGCCAAGGGGGCCAUGGGGAGGGCUGCGAGGUGUGUGUGGGGGGGCAGCGACAAGGGCCGUGGUGGCCCCAAGCAUAAAAGCAGCUGCAAGAAGAACCAGCCGGUCAGCCAGGUGGAGACGUCCGCAGGCUUAGCAAGCAGAAGCUUGUCGCUGGUGGGCAUCUAUGCAGAGGCCAGGAAGGUGGAGGGGUUCAACCAGCAGAACAGCUGCACCUACCUCAAGUACUUGGUGCACGCUGCCAACAAGCACGCACCCCGGAAGGCUGCUGCCACAGAGGACAAGGGCAGCAGCAGCAGCAGCAGCAGCAAGGCCAAGAAGGCAGCGGCUGGGAGCAAGAAGUUGAAGAAGGCAGACAAGCCCAGUGUCCCCAAGGUGCCCAAGGGCUGCAAGUGA